UCUAUGUCUUUUUAUACAGUGUAUGUAAACUUUUGGUUUCAACUGUAGCUUCCAAUGAUUCAGGGUGUUUGUGGUUGAUGCUCUGCGUGUAUGUGUGUGUGUGUGUGUGUGUGUGUGUGUGAUCUCCUUCCUUCCCUCUCUACCAGGCCCCUCUUUAAUGCACUGACACAUUCAGAAUGAGGACAGACAGUCGGUUUAUUACAGCCAGAUAGCAACAGAUAUAGCUAAAAGGCAGAAUCGACACCCCAGAAAUGGCUCCUCUCCUCUUCCUCGUUUUUAUAGGGUCACCAGUUAUCAACCUUGUAGGAAGUUCCAAAGUGAAAACAUUUGAAAAAUUAACAGCACUAGUGGGAGGAUCCAUCAGCAUCCCGUGUUUCUAUGGUCAGGAGCAUAAAGACGGUGUGAAAUCCUGGUGUAAAGGGAAAGACGCAUCAUCCUGCAGCACAGAGACCCGCAGUGACUCCCCACCGGCCAUGAACAGGGUGUCCAUCGCUGAUGAUCCCCAGAACUUAGUCUUCAUUGUGACCAUGAGGAAGCUGCAGCACUCGGAUUCUGGCUCUUAUUGGUGUUGUGUGGAUGAUGGAUGCAGAAGAUCUGAGGAUUCCUCUGGGAAACUGGAGCUGGUGGUUUCUACUGAAGUUCAGAGUGUGAGGACCGUGAGCUGGGUGUCUGCAGAGAGAGGAGGAUCUGUCACCAUCCCAUGUUACUAUCAUGAAGCUUAUGAAUCUGGAGUGAAAUCCUGGUGUAAAGGAGAUGGAUGGGAUUCCUGCUCCAGAACUGCACAAUCAGACAGGACACAGGAUGGAGGGAAAGUGUCAGUCUCUGAAAAGCGUGACCAAAGGGUGUUUUAUGUGACCAUGAGAGACCUGCAGGAGGGGGAUUCUGGGAAUUAUUGGUGUGAGGUGAAGAUUGGUGAGACAUAUGAAAAAGCAUUUCUGCCCCUGAUGGUACAAGAAGCUAAUGUCGCUACAAGAAAGUCUAAAGUGGUGACAUUCAAGACGUUAACAGGAGAAAUAGGAGGAUCCAUCACCAUCCCGUGUUUCUAUGGUCAGGAGCAUAAAAACGCAGUGAAAUCCUGGUGUAAAGGGGACAGUGUGAGAUCCUGCAGCAAUGAGACACGCAGUGACUCCCCACUGGCCAUGAACAGGGUGUUCAUCACUGAUGAUCACCAGAACUUAGUCUUCAUUGUGACCAUGAGGAACCUGCAGCAGUCAGAUUCUGGGAAUUACUGGUGUGCUGUGGGUGGUGGUCAGGGGAGACCUGAGGAUUCCUCUGGUAGACUGACCUUUACAGUCCGUGCCGAUGUUACGACUGUGAGGACUGUGAGCUGGGUCUCCGCAGAGAGAGGAGGAUCUGUCACCAUCCCAUGUUACUAUAAUAAAUAUUAUAAUUCUGCAAUGAAAUUCUGGAGUAGAGGAGAUGAAUGCAGCUCCAUAUUAGCACAGUCUAACCGGGAACAGAGUGGAGGGAAAGUGUCAAUUACUGAUGACCGUGACCAAACUGUAUUUUAUGUGACGAUGAGGAACCUGCAGGAGGAGGAUUCUGGGUAUUACUCAUGUUGUGUGGAUGGCAGUUUCAAAGCCUCUCUGUCCCUGAUAGUCCGGGAAGGACAGAACUCUACAGAUUCCAGUGUAAGUGAUCCCACACUGCCGUUCUCUGUGGGAAUCUUAGCAGUGCUGCUGCUGUUGAUCCUGCUGUUGCUCCUUGUUGUCAUGAUUCUGUGCAGAAGAUCGGCAAAGACACAGGCCAGAAACAGGAACAGAGAAAACAAGGCUGCCCUCACUCCCACUGCAGACCCUGGGGAUGAAGUGACAUACGUCUCAGUAACAGCAAAAGCUAGAAAUACAGCACGUUCAUCUACUCGGGUCAUGCCAUUAGACAACAUGGCUGCAGCAGAUUCUGACGAGAUCGUCUACAGCACCGUAGCUCGGCAAGAGAAAGUGGCAAGAUGCCCCCAGCCCCCGCCAGGCAGGCCCUGAAAUGAUGGUGUUUGUCCUCACUGAUGUAGAGAAAGAGAAUAUCAAAAACUGUUUCUGUUUUUAUUCUGCAUUUUAUUAUUAUCAAUACGAAUAAAGUAGAUUGUGAUACAUGAUUCACAUUGUUUUACUGAUGUUUGACUGAAACAACUGAGUGACAGAGAAACGCCUCUGAAUGAUA